CGAGUGGCGCCAGCGCGUAGCGAGCCUCCAGAUCGAUGAGCCUGGUGGUGCUCAGUCGGUGUUCGGAGAGGAACCUGCUCUCACCAUGUACGGCUUUGUAAACUACGCGCUCGAAUUGCUUGUCAUCAAGACGUUCGGAGAGGAGACCUGGGAGCAAAUCAAGAAGGAUGCAGACGUGACGAUCGAGGGCCAGUUCCUGGUCAGGCAGAUCUAUGACGAUGCCGUCACUUACAACUUGAUCGGGGCGGCCGUAAAUCUAUUACAGAUUCCAGCGGACACUAUCCUCGAGUUGUUUGGGAAAAUGUUCUUCGAGUUUUGUCAGGACUCAGGGUACGAUAAAAUCCUACAGGUGCUCGGUGCCACACCACGAGAUUUCCUUCAGAAUCUUGACGCCCUCCAUGACCACCUGGGCACCCUUUACCCUGGCAUGAGGGCACCGUCCUUCAGGUGCACUGAGGAGGAGGACGGUCAACUGGUUUUGCACUAUUACUCCGACCGUCCAGGCUUGGAGCAUAUUGUGAUCGGGAUCGUUAAGGAGGUGGCGAAGAAACUGCAUGAUACCGAAGUAGAAGUGACCAUCCUGGAGGGAAAGACGGAGCACAGCGACCACAUCAAGUUCCUGAUCUCAGAAAAGUCCGUUGGCGCUGGAAGGCAGACUAGACCCGAGCUUGCCGAGCUGACCCACUCGCUUUCCUUGGAGCCAAAGGUUAGCCCUGCUACUUUCUGCAGCGUUUUCCCAUUCCACAUAAUGUUCGACCAGAACCUGAAAGUAGUGCAAACUGGCUACAGCGUAGCUCGAGUGAUCCCCAAAUUGGCUCAAAGCUGCCAACUGGCAGAUGUUUUGGAAAUGGUAAGACCACAUUUGGACCUGACCUUUGAGAACAUCCUCUCUCAUAUCAACACAGUUUACGUUUUACGGACCAGACCAGGAGCCUAUGAGCGCGGAAUGGCCGCAAACGAAGAGCCCGAGUUUAAUUCCCUACGCCUGAAAGGUCAAAUGCUGUACAUUCCGGAGUCAGAGUCGGUGAUUUUCUUGUGCUACCCGAGCGUGAUGAACAUCGACGACCUCACAAAACGCGGUCUCUAUAUCAGCGACAUCCCGCUGCACGACGCUACCAGAGAUCUGGUGCUGUUGAGCGAACAGUUUGAGGCCGAGUAUAAACUGACGCGCAAUCUGGAGAUUCUCACCGACAAGCUGCAGUCGACUUACCGCGAGCUGGACGGCGAGAAGCAGAAGACAGACGGAUUGCUGUAUUCCGUUCUGCCGAUAUCAGUGGCCAGCGAACUACGCCACAACAGGCCAGUGCCCGCUCGCAGGUACGAUUGCGUGACCUUGCUCUUUUCGGGAAUCGUCGGAUUCGGAGCCUAUUGUGCAGCACACUCGGAUGCCCAGGGAGCCAUGCAAAUCGUUGAUAUGCUGAACAGAAUUUAUACCUUCUUUGACAGCCUCACUGACUCAAGUCAGAAUCCAAAUAUUUACAAGGUUGAGACAGUGGGCGACAAAUACAUGGCGGUGAGCGGACUGCCCGAGCCUUGCGCGUCACACGCUCGGUGCAUGGCCCGUCUGGCGUUGGACAUGAUGGACAUCAUCAAAGGCGUUCAGGUUGACGGCAAACCAGUGAGGAUUACGAUCGGUCUUCAUUCUGGUGAAGUGGUGACAGGCGUGAUCGGCCAUCGCAUGCCCCGCUAUUGCCUCUUCGGCAACACAGUCAAUCUGACCAGUAGGACAGAGACCACCGGUGAACCUGGCAGGAUCAACGUCUCUGAAGACGCCUACAUAGUGCUGAUGCAACCCGACAACGCCGACCCAGGACUGCACUUCGAGCCGCGAGGUCUGGUGCCCAUGAAAGGCCGCGCGGAGCCGAUGCAGGUCUACUUCCUCUCCAGGGCUGAGAAUGAAGAGUAAAAUCGAGCAACGCCACCGGCUCGGCCUCGCGCCUGAAAAUGUAUUUUUGUCUACAGAACUCUCUUGCUUGCUCGGUUAAAUGGAAAAAAUGUGUCAUUCCUCUCACGCGGCAAGAUGCAGGUGAAAUGCGACCAAUGCUGAUUGUGAGUAUAUUUGAUUUUGUAACUUGAAUAAAAUGUGCAAAAAUUAAUUGAAAAUUGAAAACGCGAUGAUGAAAUGCUAAUUUAUUUUUAUAGCAUUUCAUUGAGUUGUUUGAGGGAUAUCGAGUUGAUUUUUAUCCAUUUUUAUGAAACGUGCGACAUAUUACGUCCUUGGAAAAAUGUUAAGAAAAGUUUUACUAGUCGCCACAAAAGGCAAAAUUUUGUUGUAUCGUCCAGAGUGGAUUAAUUCAGUGAUGCAGCUGAAAUUUAUUCAAUUGUUGUCAAUAUUUCAACCAACCUGGACGGAAUUAAUAUAGAUGAAAGCAAAUAUUUGUAUUAUGCGUAUUAUAGUAAAAUAAAAUGUAAAACAAUCACUAUAGUUAAUGUUGAUAAUUUGUGCGAAAUUUUAAACUCGAGAGAGAAUAAAUGUUGAAAACGGUAAA